AAGGAACUCAGCGUGUGGUCCUUUGUAUCCACCACAUCAGCUGAGCGAAGAUGGGCGCAAAUACGAUGGAUGCGGUGGCCCAGGGCUGGGUAGCCAAGUGGCGCGCCCAAUCAGGGGCGUGUCAGCUCAGCUCGUGGUAUAAGUCCCAAUCGGGAAUAACCACCGUACCAGAAUCCACCAGUCGGCGGGAAUGUGAAAUCAAGGCCGAGGCUUACGCUGAUUCCAGGAUAGAAAGCGUGUAUCUGCUGCAGCGAUCGGCCUCCACCGCCAACUCGGCCCGGAUGGGCGAUAUGCAGCCGUGGCCCCCCGACUGGUGCUGCGUGGCUCGCGACAUAGAGCCCUAA